UGGCAUAAGGAGCAUCCGUGUGCAAUAAGAGGCUGUAGGAAUCGUUGCGUACCCAGGGCAGGUGCACCUGUCUUCUGUACGUGGCCGGACCGCUAUAAGACGCAUCUUGCGGGUAUACAGUGUUUUUAUUUAUUUAUUUUCCCAAUCGAGGCCGGGUUCAACAAAGGAACUUGGGUGGCAUAAUAAAUAGCCGAUUAUUUGGUGGAUUUGAGGCCUGCAUUUGAGCCUGAGUCUUCCUCACCUGCCAGCCAUGGACUAGACAGGAGGAGUGUGUGACCUCAGACAUAACCAUGGUGGUGAGGUGGCUGCUCAACUCCCAUUGAGAACACAGAAAAUGAGAGUGUGAAGCUGCAGGGCAGGCAGCGCAGCCACAUGAUCCCAUGACUCUGGACAUGGAUGCGGUCCUGUCAGACUUUGUUCGGUCCACAGGGGCAGAACCGGGUCUGGCACGAGACCUGCUAGAAGGUAAAAACUGGGACCUGAGCGCCGCUCUCAAUGAUUAUGAGCAGCUCCGGCAGGUCCACACGGCCAACCUGCCCCACGUCUUCAAUGAGGGCCGUUACUACAAGCAGCCGGAGCGUAGCAGCACCCCGCAGCACAUCAGCAAGCCUGAGCAAUGCCCCCAGAAACAAGAGGACAACACUCAGGAGAAGCGUCUGUCUCGGGGCAUUUCCCAUGCCAGCUCUGCCAUCAUGUCUCUGGCCCGGCUGCAGGUGUCAGGGGAUUGUGCCAGGGAGCAGUUCCCCCUGGAGAUGCCCAUCUACACAUUCCAGCUGCCCGACCUGAGCGUGUACAGCGAGGACUUCCGCAGCUUCAUCGAGCGUGACCUCAUCGAGCAAUCCACCAUGGUGGCCCUGGAGCAGGCCGGUCGUUUGAACUGGUGGUCCACCAUGUGCACCAGCUGUAAGAAGCUACUACCGUUAGCCACAACAGGAGACGGCAACUGCCUACUGCAUGCAGCUUCUUUAGGAAUGUGGGGCUUCCAUGACCGGGAUCUGGUGCUGCGGAAGAGUCUGUAUGCCAUGAUGAAGAGUGGAGCAGAGAGAGAAGCUCUGAAGAGGAGGUGGAGGUGGCAACAGACUCAACAGAACAAAGAGUCGGGGCUGGUGUACACAGAGGAGGAAUGGGAGAGAGAGUGGAACGAAUUGCUGAAGCUGGCCUCCAGUGAGCCACGCACACACUUUAGCAAGAACGGCAACUCCAGUGGAGGUGUGGACAACUCAGAAGACCCGGUUUACGAGAGUUUGGAGGAGUUCCAUGUGUUUGUAUUGGCCCAUGUUCUGAGAAGACCUAUCGUAGUAAUAGCUGACACCAUGCUCAGAGACUCCGGAGGGGAAGCUUUUGCACCCAUUCCCUUUGGAGGGCUGUACCUGCCACUGGAGGUUCCUCCCAACCGCUGUCACUGUUCCCCGCUGGUGCUGGCCUACGACCAGGCCCACUUCUCCGCCUUGGUGUCCAUGGAGCAGAGAGACCAGCAGAGAGAGCAAGCCGUCAUCCCACUGACUGACUCUGAGCACAAGCUGCUAGCGCUGCACUUCGCGGUGGACCCUGGGAGGGACUGGGAUUGGGGGAGGGAUGACAAUGACAAUGCUAAGCUGGCAAAUCUUAUUCUAUCACUGGAAGCUAAACUAAACCUUCUGCACAACUACAUGAAUGUAACAUGGAUUCGAAUUCCUUCUGAAACAAGAGCUCCCUUGGCUCAGCCCGAGUCUCCAACUGCCUCUGCAGGUGAGGAUGUACAGUCUCUGGCAGAAUCCAUGGACUCGGACAGGGAGUCUGUUUGUAGUAACUCCAACCUCAAUAAUGGAAAGUCAAAUAAGGAGAAGGACAAGGACAAGCAGCGAAAGGACAAAGACAAAACACGGGCAGACUCAGUGGCCAACAAACUGGGCAGCUUCAGCAAGACUCUGGGUAUCAAACUUAAGAAGAAUAUGGGUGGACUUGGAGGACUUGUCCAUGGCAAGAUCAGCAAGUCCACAUCGACAAACGGUCGAACAGUAGAGAACGGAGAGCAGAAAUCUAAGAAAAAGGACUCAAAAACCCGAAAAGGGAGCAAAGAGGAGUCAGGCCAGUCGGCCAGCACAUCCUCCUCAGAGAAGACAACCAGCCCCUCGCCUACAGACCGUGCUUCUGGUAGCUCACCUGUUGAGAGACCGCCAGGUUCAGGCAAAAUCUCGGGUGAUCGGACACUGGACAACUGGAAGUACAGCACAGAUGUCAAACUCAGCCUGAACAUCCUUCGAGCAGCCAUGCAGGGUGAGCGCAAAUUCAUCUUUGCUGGGUUGCUGCUCACCAGCCAUCGACACCAAUUUCAUGAAGAGAUGAUCAGCUUCUACCUGAGUAGCGCCCAAGAACGCUUCAGUGCUGAGCAGGAACAGAAGAGAAAGACUGAGGCUGAGAAGAAGCCUCAGACCAAUGGGGUGGCACUAAAGAAGCCUGAGCAGGAGAGUGUUUUCCAAAGGGAGCGUUCAGAUAGCUCUCCACCUGAGAGUUGCUCACCGGUGUUGCACCCUAGCCAUAAUCUUUCCCAGGCUGUGAAGGUCCAAGAAAGGGGAAGUCCAAAGCUUGCUGCUUCUCCCAUACCGAUACCUAUCCCAGCCUCCAUUCCAGGAUCCUCCAUGUCCCCUGUCCCUUUCUCCUCCCCUAGUAACGGUGCUAAGAGACCUGGACCAGUCCCUGUUUCUGCUCACUAUAGCCAUACACCACCUAUCCAAAGGCACAGUGUGAUCCACCUGAGGGAUGUCAAUGUGCAGUCAUCCAGCUACCAAGAUGAGUCCUACAAGCCAAUGGUGGGCACUCUCAAAACUUGUGCCACCUACCCCCAGCAAAACCGCUCACUGUCCUCUCAGAGCUAUAGCCCAGCCCGCAUGUCUGGCAUCCGUACCGUGAAUGCCGUAGACACCCUACCGUACAACAUGCCUGGGGAACAUAAGUCCCACACUUAUACCAACGGCUUUAACACUGGCGACAUCCGGGACUGUCUGGAGUUUGCAGAUGAGGACCCGAUGCCCCAUGCCUGGCUGGGGCAGGACAAAACCAAAGGGCAGAGUGGUGUUUGCCCAAUGUACUGUUUUCAGCAGAAACGCUGCAGGAGGGAGAACUGCACCUUCUAUGGCCGACCCGAGACAGAGAACUUUUGCUCCUACUGUUAUAGAGAGGAGCUGAAACGCAGGGAACGAGAGGUGAAAGUGCACCGACCUGGAUAGCCCUGCAGACAUGCACACAUAUAUAGCCACCCCCAAUGUGUGUGAAAAGAACAGCAACACCACCACCUUUUUGCACUUUGCAAGUGAUACAAAGAACUGGCAUAACAUUUUCCUACUAUAUUUAAGAUCAGCCUCCUUGUAUUCUUGUUACUUUACUCUCAAUAGCGAACAAACACUGCUUUACAAUAACAGGAAGUGCAACCAGAAUCAGUUUACAGCUUUGGCCAGAGAUUGUGUUUUUGUUUGUCCUAUGUCCGAUUGAAUUCAGUCUUUUACUUGUUCUAGAGUAAAAGCUCUCGUCUGUGCAUUUUGCUCAGUCUGUGUUGUAAAACUCCUUGUACAUGCAGAAAGAGAUGUAAAAGCAUAUGUCAGUCUCUAAUGGAGUUUCCCAAAUCAUUGAAAGGAAAACUCAGUUUAGAGGUCAUUAUAAUGCAAUACUUCACAGCAUAGCUCUUUGGAAUCUUAAUAUCGAUUAACAUUGAUUUUGCUGUGCAUUGCAAAUAAUUACAAGGGAGGGAGGUCCACUUUUCAGCACUCUGAUUUUUUUGAAAGCAAUAAGUUUGUUAACAACCGCCACCCCUCCCCCCUUUUAUCUAUGCAUUCAUGACGUCAGCCAUAUUCUACUUUUCACCAUAUGUUUCUAAGGGAUAUCGAUGUGAUUGUAAAGGGUCUGCUGUACAAGGAUUAUUAUGGUGGAAAAUAUUCAAUAUGUGGCAUAUCAAAGUGUGCUCUCAGAUUGAUCUUGUGACUUUCCAUCAUGCACUAUAUUGUAAUAUAAAGCCUUUUCAUAGGAGGGUUUGCAUUCCAUCAUGUUAUCAAAUGAAACCUCACUAUUGUGUGCUACUUGACAUUCGAUACAGUAAGCAUUUGACUUCCACUCAUUGCUGUCUGUAUUUGCAAUAUAUAACACAGUCAUGCUAGCGAAUGCUAAUUUACCACCUUACCUGAGGAUAUGAAAUGCAAACCCUUAAAGUAUAUACUUCAGCAGUGGACUAAAGGUGGAAAGCUUAUGAAACUGUGUAUGUGUCAACUGUUUAAUACCUUCACUGAUGGCACAGCUCGGCUACAAGCAACUGGCAACUGCUCAUCAACAUUCUGUAGCACUCAUGCUAACACUGCCAUGCUAGCCUCUCAUGUGCCAAAAAGGUCCCUCACCUCCAUUUCAUUUGUCCUCAGGAAUAUUAGUCUUAACCACACAAUUGUGAUGAUCAUAUACAUAGAAGCAACUAAAUCUAUAAAUGUAAAAUUGGUUAUUUAAAGGUUCAAAUCUACCUCUGAAAAGCAUUUUAGAUUUUUAACUCAAAUGUUACACAGCAGCGUAAAAUCAUGUUCUAACAAGGCAGAGUGUGGAAUAUAUAUAUAUAUACAACUGCAAUUUUCAUGUCUACAAUGAAAACGAAAAUGUGGUGACAACAACUUCAUAUCCAAUCAGAACACAUUUUACGUUUAACAAACCAAUUAGAUUGCACUUUAGGUGGAGCUACCCAGUUAAACCAAGCGAUGGACAAAAUUUUCAUAUGUUGCUUGGUGCAGUAAUAUUUAGUUUGGACAAAAGCUCAGAUUAAUUUACACCUUGUCAAUCUGUAGUACCUAGGGGUUGAACGACUUCCGAGUUGACAUUGACUAGUCAAUGAUGACGCCAUUAAUGAACAAAUAUGGGGCCGUUUACGCAGAAUGCGUUUUUCUAUUGCAAUGCGUUAUUUUUCCAUUGUUUUUCUAUGUAAAUAUGUGCUAGGCGGACAUGUAUAUGACCGUUGCGCUCGCGUCUUGCGUCUUUUGCAGCACCUCGCGCAUGACACGCCGUUCUAAAAACGGGGCGCUCAAGUUCAAAUCAGUUCAACUUUUAAAAAAUGCGUCUCGAGACCUUGCAUUUUUGCCCACGUUUCUGAAAGAAAAAUGCAUUCUGUAAGAACGACCUCGAGCUGAGACUGGAACGCAGGUUGCCUAUGGCAUAUGGCACUGCCCACAAGCCUAUUGCUCCUACAUACGUUUAUUUUUAUCAGUUCUUUUGUCUUUGGGUCGUUAUUAUUCUUACGGAUUUCUGCUCAUUCUAAAUCAGAUACAGAUAAAGUAGCACAAUAAGAAUUACAUUUAUAUGAAUGCAUUAGUGAGAGCGAUUGCGUGUGAAUUAAUUCUACCUGGCAGCGUCUCUCCACUAAUAGUGAAGCUUUGUGUUUUAGUUACGAAAUAUAUGCUAGAACUUUUAAUUUUCUUAGCUUUUCUAUUGAUGAAAUCACAGAACAGUGUUGAUAAUACAUUUCUGUGCUACUUAAUAAUUCUGUAUGCGCGUGAUCUAUCUGCACAUGAUGUGCGAGUGUGUAGCAGCGCAGUUUAGAACGGCGAUUAACCCACCUGUACAAUAAGCUGUUUAAAACAUGCAUUUACCCAUUCAAUAUUGAGCAUCCAGAUGGUAUAAUCAAACAUAUCUUGUGGAGCGCUCUCGUAAAGGUGAACUUCAAAGAUUUUUUAUCCUUUUGCGCCCUCUAUAGGCCAUGAUCCGCGACUAGUCGACGUCAAGUUUAAAGCGUCAUGGCAGAGUGUUAAAUGGUAAAGUAGUCGGUGCAAGUAGUCGGUGGCAGUAGUCGGUGCAACCCCUAGUAGUAUCGUGACCGGUAAGGAUACGUUGUUUAUCCCAAUCUCUAAAUGUAAAAAAACUGGACAUUUAAUGGUACAAGCCUACCUUUUUUUGGUCUUUUUUUUUUUUUUGAUCACAGCAGUGCAAAAACAGUCACAGACAACAACAUGCUAAGCUACUGACUGGCUAACUGGCUAACAAACAUACAAGUGUACCACAGCUCAAAACGCUAGUUCUCAAUGUGUGCUAGAAAAUCAGGAUGUUACAGGUAGCUGCGCCAAUCAAGUUAACUAGCAUGACUAGCGUGUUAGCCACUUUGUGUGUCUCUGCUAAGCAAAUGCCCCACCAAGUGCUUUUCUACUCCAUGGACAAGAUUAUCAUAAGAGCAGCGCUUGUGUUUUGUUGUGAGGCAGUGUCCAGCUAACCAACGCCGUGUCUCUGUAAGUGUUUUGUCUUUCCUGGCCAAGGAUGUCCACUGCUUCGUUCUCUUCCCACAUUUCUACACCUCCACAAUUAUGUCUUUUGCCUCCCAUCCUCCUGCUUUUCCUCUCCCUCCUUUAUAUUCGAAAAGCUCAUGGACUCUCACUGUCUUAGAAUUGUAAAAUAUGAUUUUGUAUUCAUUUGAGAGUUUUACACUACUUUAAAUUAUUAAUUUGCACAUUAGGUACCGAUGUAAAUAGCAGGAUAAAAAGAGACAAAAUAAGAUUAGUUUAUUGUUAA